AUGGCGGACCAGUUUGAGCCGCUCCUGGCGACAUAUGCGCAAGCAGACGAGACCAUUGAAGAUGGACAAGACUCUGCCGCUGCUCAUUCCAAGCUGAGCACCUUCUCGGGUGUCUUCGUCCCUUGUGUCCUCUCCAUUUUCGGCGUCAUUCUCUUUGAACGCUUGCCAUGGUGCACUGGACAGGCCGGGCUGUUUGCCAUGUUUGGCGUCAUUAUCUUUGCUUUUCUUGUUGUCACGCUGACGACGCUCUCCAUGUCCGCCAUCGCCUCCAACGGGCAGAUCGAGGGCGGCGGAGCGUACUUUAUGAUCUCGCGGGCGCUUGGUCCCGAGUUUGGCGGCUCCAUCGGGGUCAUCUUCUAUCUGGCCAACGUUGUCGGCUGCGCGUUGUACCUGGUCGGAUUUUCCGAGGCGUUCAUGGCCGGCUUCGAACAGUGGAUCCCAACCUCCAAGUGGUACGGCAUCCUGUACUCGUCCGCCAUGCUCCUCCUGGUCACCAUUGUUUGCCUGGUCGGCGCGUCAGCGUACGCCAAGACCUCGCUCGUCAUCUUUGCCGUGCUGAUGGUCUCGAUUGCUUCAGCCAUGGGCUCGGUCCUCUUUGCGCCCAAGAACGUGGGCAUCGGGUUCACCUCGUGGUCGAGCGAGACGCUCUCGCACAACUUGUAUCCCAAGCUCAAGCGGCUGCCGGUCGGCGUCGAGCCGCAGACCAUCCAGACGGUCUUUGGCAUUUUCUUCCCUGCCUCGACCGGCAUCAUGGCCGGCGCCAACCUGUCCGGCGAUCUGCGUACGCCUUCGUCGUCGAUUCCGCGCGGCACGCUGCUUGCGCUCGGCAUCACACUUGUCAUCUAUCUCAUCCUCACCUUUGCUCUCGCGUACACUGUGCAGUCGGAGGCACUGCUCAACAACUACUUUAUUCUGCAGAACGUGUGCUUUGCAUGGUGGAUCGUGACGAUCGGUAUCGUGUGCUCGACUGUCUCGUCGGCGCUCGGGAACCUCAUCGGCUCGUCGCGUGUCCUGCAGGCACUCGCCAAGGACAAGCUCAUUCCAUUCCUCAAUGUAUUUGGCCGCGGCUACGGUAAGACCGACGAGCCGCGGCUAGGCGUAGUGCUCUCCUGGGCUAUCGUCCAGAUCCUGCUCAUUCUUGGCAACCUCAACCUGCUCGCCACCGUCACCACCAUGUUCUUCCUCACCUCGUACUGCGUCGUCAACUUUGCCUGCUUCUCGCUCAAGAUCUCCGGCACGCCCAACUGGCGGCCAACCUUUCGCUACUCCAACCAGUGGACCUCGCUCGCAGGCGCCAUCCUCUGCUUCUUCACCAUGUUCUAUGUGGGAUGGAUCACCGCCACCGUCUCGUUUGUCUGCCUUGUUGUCUUCUUUGUCUACAUCCAUCUGCAGUCGCCGCGCACCUCGUGGGGCGACCUCUCGCAGGCCAUUUACUUUCAUCAGGUCCGAAAGUACAUGCUGCGCCUCGAUGUGCGGAAGGACCACGUCAAGUACUGGCGUCCGCAGAUCCUGCUGCUCGUUGGAUCGGCGCGCGCCAACGUCUCGCUCAUCGACACCGCCAACAACCUCAAAAAGGGCGGCAUGUUUCUCAUCGGCUCGGUCCUCGUCGGCGACCUGUACUCGCAGGGCGACCGGUUCAAGCGCGACGAGGCUGCGUGGAACGCGUUCAUCAAGGACACCCGCCUCAAGGCAUUUUCCGAGCUUGUCAUCGCCCCGUCCAUCUCGGCUGGCGCCCAAAACCUGAUCGAGAUGGCCGGUCUCGGUGCCAUGAAGCCCAACACCGUCAUUGUCGGCUUUCCCGAGUACUCGAGCUAUGCCCCGGGAGCGCUGACAGCGUUGCGCCCGCGACCGACGCCGCCGGCGCCCAUCCUGGGCACGUCGAGCUCGAGCCACUUUAUGCCGGCUCGGGCAAGCAUCAACAACGGCGGCGAUUCGACCGACGAGGUCGACGAGGCCGGCGGUGGCCUCGGCGAGCGCACUGUCUCGCAAUACCGCGUCAAGUACGUCAACGCAGUAGAAGACAACUUUGUCGACGACACGAGCUCGAGCCGGAUCGAGCCGCGCGAGUGGGUUACCAUCCUCAACUCGGCGUCGUUCAUGGGCAAAAACAUCAUGGUCGCGCGCAACUUUGACGCGCUCGACAAGGACCUCAUCGCCUCCAAAGCCCGCGCCAGCUCAGGCAUGCCGUUCCGCCGCAAGAAGGUCAUGACCAUCGAUGUGUGGCCAGUCUCGGUAACAGGCAUGGAGGGCGACUUUGUCCACACCCUCACGCUCAUGCUUCUCUACGCCCACAUGCUCAACAAGACCGACAUCUGGACCAAGUUUACCACCAUUCGCGUCCUAACCUUUGUCGCUUCCGCCGUAGACAUCGAGCCCGAGACCGCGCGCGUCCGGGCCAUCCUGCACCAGGCCCGCAUCAAGGCCUCCAUCAACGUUGUCGUCGCCUCCAUCCACGGUCAGGGCAGCGCUCGCUUUGCCGCCCUCAACGCCAUGUUCCGCCAGCACUCGGCCCAAGCCUGCAUGGUCUUUACCACUCUCCCACUCCCUCCGGCAUCGCUUCCCGAGCCGAGCCUCUCUCCCCCUCCCGGCCCCAUCGAGAACUACAUCGCCGACCUCGACACCCUCUCGUCCGGCCUUCCCCCUGUCAUCCUUCUCCACGGCCUGGGCUCCAUGGUCCUCGUCUGACCACCUGCGACAGCGCUCUCACCCGCCCGAGCCAUCUAAAACAUUCUUACUCU